AUGGUAGUACCAAAAUUUUGUCAGCCGCUGCUGCCGCACAACGACAACGACCACAGCAGACAACCAACCACGAAGACGACAACCACACGACGACACACCACAACAUCAUCAUCACGCACGUCAAGCAGCCAGUCGGCCAGUCCACGAACCCCAUCGUUCUCCAAGUCCAAGUUCAUCUCACAUUUGAAUGGUGGUGAUGAAAGACAUCGCCAGCCGCUGAGGCCGUCAAACAACGGGGCCGGGCCAUAUGCGGCGCGGCCAGCCACCGGUUCGUCGUCGUCCUCGGCAUCCUCGGCAUCCUCGGCCUCCUCCGUGCCACCGGGCCCUUCUGCGUACAAAGCCCGCAAGCCCGCAUCGAGGGCCGCGCGGCGGUCCGCAGCCACGACGUCUGUACAGGAGCAAGAGCAUGUGCUGCGCGCGCUGAGCAAGGCGUUGGACGAGGGCCACGCCACCGUGAUCACAGCGCUGACCGCCCGCCUCGUCAACGUCAAGGCUGCGCGCGUUGUCGUCGACCAAGGCCUGGAUGCCGUGCUGUCCACGGUGGUGCACGUCAACGACCCUGCGCUGCUCGUGGACGUGAGCGCGUACAUUGCAGAGGAGCUGCGCAAGCCCGAGAGCCGGGAGAAGACGUCGCUGGGCGCGUGCCUGGAGGUGCUUCCCUUGGUGGAGCUGCUGAUCAAGAAGCCCUUUGAGGAGUACAUUUCCGCUGGCCUGAGGAUCGUCGACGCCAUUGUGGACGCGUGGAAGGAUGAUCUGCGCACGGCGGCGAGGCAGGCCAACGCCAUGAACCCAAAGGACGUCGGUAGCGUCAACUUGCAGAACGUGUUUCUGAAGCUCAUCACCAUCCAGACUGCCGUGGAGAAGCUGGCAAAGCGCCCGGACGUCAGCACACACACGCUGGCCAGCGCACUGCACACAAAAUUGAGCGCACUCUCGUCGUAA